AUGUUAAAAUCAAUUAAACGUUCUGAUUCAUAUUUACUUGAAAGUUCAUCUAGCAACAAUUCAACCUCAAACAUUAUAGUGGCUUCAACAAAUAAUACUCAAAAUUCAUUAUUAGCAAGAACUACCAAACCCAAUGUUUCUUCUACUAGAGCUCCAAGUUUCACGUUUUCUCGACUUUUGUCGGAAGAUACUUUUAAUUACAACACUAAUAGUAACAGCAAUAAUACUAAUAUUAAUAACAUUAAUAAUAAUAAUAGCAAGUAUUCCACAAUUCAUGGCAUCUCUUCUUCAAGCAGAAGAAAUAAUUUUUUAAAAGUAUGUUCCUGGCCAUUUGCCAAAAUUGAAAGUUUCCAUGAUAGUAUAAUGAAAAAUGAUGAAGUUGAAUUUGCUGAUGAUCAAUCGACUCUUGCCAAUGAUGACACCAAACAUUUAACCAUUGCUGAGUAUAGUAAUCUUAAAAGGAAAAACUUUGGUGGGUUAAUCAGUGAUAAUAGUGGUGGUGGGAAUGGAAUCCAUGAGUAUAGUUAUACUUUAGGUGGAAUUAAUAAUGGAACUGGCAAUGGAAGUAAUGGUCCUCUUACUGGGAUCAAUCCAAGUUUGGAAAAUAUUAAUCAUGUUGCCAAUGAAAAAUUCCAUAAAGUAUUUAAUCGAGUUAAAAGACCACCAGUUGAACAAAACAAUAAAAGGAGAUGUGUGUUGUUGUCAAAUAUCAGUGAGUCAAUGGGGUUGAAUAGUGUUUUGCAACAAGUAUGUGGAGGCCCCUUGGAGAAGUUAACAGUAUUAUCAAAUGGGAAAAUUGAACUAUAUUUUAUAUUCCCAGAACAUGCAAAACAAUUUUAUACAUAUGGCAAGGCAACAGGGUUAUUAAUGGUAAAUGGCGUGAAAUUAAAAGUUGAAUGGUUGAACGAUGAAAAUAAUAUGGUUAAUUACACAUUAUCAAGUUCAUUAAUGAGUGAUAUUUUACAUAAUGGUUGUAGAAGAUGCUUGAUUAUUUCCAAAAAUAUCCCUGGUAAAAGAAUUAGGAAUGGUGAUAAAAUGUUUUAUCCAGAACCCGAUAUUCAUUAUUCUAGCAAUUUGAAUUUCGAGGAAAUUAAAAACGACUUUAAUAAAUUUGGUAAAGUUCUUGACAUUGGUUCUGUUAUUAGUAGAAAGUUAUGCUUCAGUAUAUUCUAUUAUGACAUUAGAUGUGCAAUAUUAGCAAAACAAGAACUUGAUUUGAUCGGCAGUGAAUUGAAUAAGAAAUAUAAGGAUUGGUCUAUAUGGUAUGGUAAAGAUAUUACUGAUCGUGCUUGUUUUGUCCUAUAA